AUGGCGAUCAAGCGACAUGACACCGGGCCGCGCAUGAGUCAGGCGGUCGAGACCGACACCACCGUGCAUUUGGCGGGCCUCGUGGCCAGCGAGCCGGUGGCCGAUCCCAAGGCGCAAGCCGAGCAAAUUCUUGCCAAGGUGGACAACUACCUGGCGCGCUGCGGCAGCGACAAGUCCAAGAUACUGUCGGCCCAGAUCUGGCUGGCCAACAUGGCCUAUUUCAGCGCCGUCAACGAAGUCUGGGACGCCUGGGUCGAUCCCGCCAACCCACCGGCCCGCGCCUGCGUGGAGAGCAAGCUGGCGUCACCGCAGUACAUGGUGGAGAUCAUGAUCACGGCGGCGAAAUAG